AUGUCAUCAACAAGGGAUGUUCAAAUUCAGAUGAAAAUAUGCAAAGUGUUAACUGCUUAUGUGGUCAUACAAAUGUUUAUAUUAGCAAUAGACUUAAGGGUGGAGAAAAGCAAUGGAGCAAAUGUAAAUAUGAAAACAAGGAAUAUCACGUAUACGGUUGAAAUACCAAACAAUUGCAGCACGGUUAUAAGACAAAUUAGUUCAUCCAGUCAAAAACGAAGUGCUCAAAAUGCAUGUCAUAUCUAUUGCAAUAGUCGAUACAAAAUUUACAAUAACUAUUUUGUGGUUCUUUCUAAAGUUAUCGUAGAUCCCAGCAAGUGCACCGGAAAACGAAAAGGAGGCGAAGAUGUAAGUGAAGUUUUAAAUCAAACCGAAAGUGAUGAAUACUGUAUCGCAAAACCAGGAUUUUUUAAAAUGUCAUGUGAACAGAAACCUUACCAUCUAUUUUUAAAUAAAGGGCAUUUUAGACAAUGGGAUGCAUCUCUUGAAAUCGUAAAUGAAAGCACAUUAGUGAAUUACACAGAACAGGAUGUUACUUUUGCAAUUGUCCGACGAGGUUAUGCCAACUUGUAUCGGGUUAUAGUUGAUCUCUAUGAUAUAUAUCACGUGGCACAUUUGCUAAAUCUUGAUAUCAAACGUAUUGAAAUAUUGAUUGUGGAUGCUCACCCAAGCACGCCACUUGAUCAACUUUGGUUACAACUAUUUCCAAAAGUAACAAGAGUAAGCCAUCUUACUCACAAAGUGUUGUGCGGCAACCUAGUGUGGGGUAUGCGUGGUUUAGACAGUCCACUUGUGAAAUAUAAACCUACAGAGAAACUUUUCUUACAGGAAUUUAGAUAUUUCGUUUUAUCACAGAUUAAGCAUUCAUCAAAACGUCAAGAACUUAAUUGUAAGAACAUAACAAUUACAAUAGUUUUCAGAAGAGAUUAUGUCGCUCAUGCGCGGAAUCCAUCUGGCAGAGUAAACCGUAAAAUGUCAAACGACCUUCAACUUUUACAAAGUAUUUCUAAUUUUAGUACUAUGCACAUGUAUCAUGUAUCGGAAUUAAAGUCAUGA